GCUGUGGGCCGAGGCUGCCGAGCCGCAGUUCCGAGCUGCGGCUGAGGCUGCGGGGCAGUGAAGAGGCGCGGGGAGGAGGGAGCCUCUCGGGGACCGACAGCGGGGCCAGGAAAAGGCAUCGGACGGCGGCCCGCAGUGCCUGGCUGGAGAUGGGGUCCCAGGUAUCCGUGGACACGGGAGGAGGCCUGCACGUGGUGGUCGUGGGCGGGGGCUUCGGUGGGAUCGCGGCUGCCAGUCAACUGCAGGCGCUGAACAUCCCGUUCAUGAUGGUGGACAUGAAAGACUCCUUUCAUCACAACGUGGCCGCCCUCCGGGCCUCCGUGGAGAGUGGAUUUGCCAAAAAGACCUUUAUUUCCUAUGCGGAGACCUACAAGGAAAACUUCCGGCAGGGCCUGGUGGUUGAGAUCAACAUGAAGAAUCAGACGGUGCAGCUGGAAGAUGGCGAGGUCCUGCCCUUCUCACACCUUAUCCUGGCCACGGGCAGCACUGGGCCCUUCCCGGGCAAGUUUAACCGCGUUUCCAGCCAGCAGGUUGCCAUCCAGGCCUACGAGGACAUGGUGAAGCAGGUCCAGCGCUCACAGUUCAUCACCGUGGUAGGAGGCGGCUCUGCGGGUGUGGAGAUGGCAGCCGAAAUUAAAACAGAAUACCCCGAGAAAGAGGUCACGCUCAUUCACUCCCAAAUGGCCCUUGCAGACAAGGAGCUCCUGCCCUGUGUCCGGCAGGAAGUGAAGGAGAUUCUGCUGCGGAAAGGCGUGCAGCUGCUGCUGAGUGAGAGGGUGAGCAACCUGGAAGAGCUGCCUGUCAAUGAGUAUCGAGAGUACAUCAAAGUGCAGACAGACAAGGGCACAGAGGUGGCCACCAACCUGGUGAUCGUCUGCAAUGGCAUCAAGAUCAACAGCUCGGCCUACCGCAGUGCCUUUGAGAGUCGGCUGGCCAGCAGUGGCGCUGUGAGGGUGAACGAGUACCUCCAGGUGGAGGGCUGCAGCAACGUCUACGCCAUCGGCGACUGUGCUGACGUGAAGGAGCCCAAGAUGGCCUAUCACGCAGGUCUGCACGCCAGCAUCGCCGUGGCCAAUAUCAUCAGCUCUAUGAAGCAGAGGCCCCUCAAGGCCUACAAGCCAGGCGGGCUCACGUUUCUGCUGUCCAUGGGGAGAAAUGACGGCGUGGGCCAGAUCAGCGGCUACUACGUGGGGCGGCUCAUGGUUCGGCUGGCCAAGAGUCGGGACCUGUUCGUCUCCACAAGCUGGAAAACCAUGAGGCGGUCUCCACCCUGACGGGGAGGCCGGCGGGAGAUGAGGCUCUGUGGCCUGGCGAAUGGAUCGCUUGACGCAGGGCACCUGCUGACAAGUGCCGGGCAAGUGCUCUUGUCUGGAGUAAGAUGCCGAUUAUGUACUGACCAGAAACAACCUAUCUAAAACCAAAAAAAUGAGAGAGAGAGAGAGAUAGAAGUCGUUUGGUCCUGGAGAGGGCACAGCCACUCUGUUCUAUCGCCAGGCUCCUCUCGGAUGUGUGUGUGUGCACAUGGUGGGUGUGCAUGUGUGUGUGCAUGUGUGUGUGCGUGCUUGCGCCAUUCAGGGCUCUCAGAGUAGGAGAGUUGGGUCUCCCAGCAGUGGACAUCCUGAUGUCAGGGCAGGAAGGAGCCUGGACACAGAUGCCUGCUUGGAAUGGGAGCUGUUGUGGAGAGAUGGCCUGCACCCCAGACCCCCAUCACAGCAGAGGCACAUGGGUGGGGGAGCACACACCCCCCCUCACCGCAAUACCCAGGUUGUUAAUAGAGUUUUAACCUAAUUUUAAACUAUUCAUUCCUAUAGUUUUUCACUGUCUCGGUACUUUCUAUAUUUCUAUCUUUAGGUCUUGAUUAUAUACCAUAGGUUAUAUUUAAGAUAAGAGUUGGAUAAAAUUUCCUUCCUGGUUAGUCCACUCCAAGAGAGUGAGUGUCUACAAAACUAACAGGGAUGGACACUGAAGCUGGGCCUGCCAGCCAAUGGAGAUGUUUGAGGCAAAACAGACAAGCUAAAGCGACCCUUGGGUGGCUUGCCAUUGACCGACACUCAGGGAGUAGUGAAGGGUUCGGCAGGUGAACCUCUGCUUGCUUCCAGGCCGCAGUGCUGAGCAAAUCUGCAAGUGACAGAAUUCCAGCUUAGCAGGAUGGUGGGAGGAGGGUCCUGGGAGUACACUGUGGCUUUGUGCUUCUGGUCUCCAGGCUAACCCCAGUGUCCAGCCAUGUGGCCGUAAUGCCCAUCACCAGCUAGGCUGAGGUACAGCGAUGACUCCAGAAAGAGCUUCCAGUCAGGGGGAGCCUGUUUUGACCCCAUAGGUUAAAUAACAGAAGUGGUUGAUAUAUUCAUUUGAGUAAAUGUAGGUCCUACCUUUGCCCAACCCCCCCCCCCCCACCAGACUUCUGGUGGCAACCUGAGUACUUGCCAGAGUCCAGGAACCCAUCCUCACUGUGGUUCUCCAUCUGUCCUGUCUGCAGGGGCCCAUGCUUGGCCCAGACCAACGAGGCGCCACAUCUGGUGCCUGCAAAUUGAGGCCACUCUGGUGCUGCCUGAUCUGAGGCCUAGCACUGGGAGACUCGGACCUUUGGUGAUAGGGCCUCU